CGAGGGGCUUGGACUUUGAAGAGCGCCGGCGGGGGUGGGGGGGGGGUGAGUACACUCUCCCCCGCCCUUACAAACAAAACUUCGGGCACAUCGCUAGAAAAGCGGGUUCGUUUCCCCCAGGGUUCCCAAGUGCCUCAUUCCUGUAGACGUUUUUCCUCUAGGCUUGCAGGAGUAGUCUCGUGAACUCUGGUUGCUGAGCAUGCGCAGCCGCGGUCUGGACGCAGACGGGUGCCUGCGUGGGUCAGUCCAGCCCUUGACCCAGAAAGGAACCUUCCCUGCUGGCCUGCCAAGGCGGGUGGAUAUUUUGCAUCCUGCUCUUUGCAGAAGCAGCAGCCGCAGCAGCAACGCCGCCGGUGGUCAAGAAGGCUUUCCUUGGGUGAAGCCCCUGCCGGUCUUUGCACCCUCCUCCUCCUCCUCCUCCUCCACUGGGCUUCCUCCUCUGCCGGCGUUGGAGGUCUUGGAGGGGUCUCUGGCCCCUAAGGGAAGCCCCUCCCUCGCCUGCCCCACAGGGUCUCCCCUGGUUCCUCUUGGACUCUCAGCAUUUCUCUGCUUCUCCUGCAGGGAGGAGAUCCGUGCCGUGGAAUCUGGCUGCCCAUCCCUCGACAUGGAGAUGUUUUUGGGCGCCGCCUUGGAGCAGCGAUUAAAGACCGCCAAGGAAGACCCCACUGGCCGGGGAGCAGGAAAAGGAGGCCCGGAGGCCAGCCAGGCACGGGGGAGCAGCAGCAGGGAAUUCUGGCGAAGACUGGAGCAGCUGAAGAGGCGGGGAGUCGAGGAGGCGGAGGCCACCAGCUCAGGGGGGCAGCAGCCUCACCGCUUCAGGCAGCUCUGCUCCCGGGCGGCCAAGGGCCCCCGCCAGGCCUGCAGCCGGCUGCACAGGCUUUGCUGCCGCUGGCUGGAGCCCGAGAGGCACAGCAAGAGGCAGAUGGUCGACCUGGUGGUGCUGGAGCAGUUCCUGGCCCUCCUGCCCACGGAGGUGGAGAGCUGGGUCAGAGGCUGCGGCGCGGAGACCAGUUCCCAGGCGGUGGCUCUGGCAGAAGGCUUCCUCCUGAGCCGGGCAGAGGACCACAAGCCCCAGGAGGAGGAGCAGGUGCAAGGCCUGCUGUUGGGAGCGGCCCCUGCUUCCCCCGAGGCUGAGGAGGCUCCAUUGGGCCCCAGGCAGAGGCCGCCGUCCAGCGGGAUCUCACAGGAGGGUGAGGCAGGUGCUGGAAGGACACAGCCCAGGCAGCCUCCCGCCUCUCUCCUUUCCGGUGGUGGAGCAGAAGAAGCUUCAAGAGGACAGGUUCAGGUGACCUGUGAGGAAGUGGCUGUGCAUUUCACAGAGGAGGAGUGGGCUCUGCUGGAUCCGGCCCAAAGAGCCCUGCACAGAGAGGUCAUGGAGGAGAAUGCUGCAAAUCUGGCCUUUCUGGGUGAGAGUUGGGGAACGGAUGGAAAACCCAGCAGAGGCAUUUUGGGAGGAAUAAGAUGGAAAAAGAGGAAAUCCUGGAAAGAAAGAAGGGGAGCAAAAUGGAAGAUGAGGAAUGGAUCAUCCUGUUCUCAUCCUGGAAUCCAACAAAUAAUGCAGAAGGAGAGACAGAGAAGUCUGUGCCUCCUAGGUAGGAAAGACUCCAGUUCAGAACCAAGCUGUCCACGUCUGUGGGAAAUGAAUGCAGGAGAGAAACCACAUAAAUGUUUGGAGUGUGGAAAGAGCUUCACCACGAGGGGAAACCUUACUAUACACCACAGAACCCACACUGGAGAGAAACCACAUAAAUGCCUGGAGUGUGGAAAGAGCUUCAGCUGUAGUGGAGGUCUUACUAGACACCAGAGAACCCACACUGGGGAGAAACCACAUAAAUGCUCGGAGUGUGGAAAGAGCUUCAGCGACAGUGGAAAUCUUACUAAACACCACAGAACCCACACAGGGGAGAAACCACAUAAAUGCUCAGAGUGUGGAAAGAGCUUCAGCCACAGUGGAGGUCUUACUAUACACCACAGAACCCACACUGGGGAGAAACCACAUAAAUGCUCAGAGUGUGGAAAGAGCUUCAGCCACAGUGGACAUCUUACUAUACACCACAGAACCCACACUGGGGAGAAGCCACAUACAUGCUUGACCUGUGGAAAGAGCUUCAGCACAAGUGGAGAUCUUACUAGACACCAGAGAACCCACACUGGAGAGAAACCGCAUACAUGCUUGGAGUGUGGAAAGAGCUUCAGCACGGGGGGAGAACUGAAUAUACACCAGAGAACCCACACUGGGGAGAAACCACAUACAUGCUUGGAGUGUGGAAAGAGCUUCAGCCGGAGUGGAUAUCUUACUAGACACCAGAGAACCCACACUGGGGAGAAACUGCAUACAUGCUUGGAGUGUGGAAAGAGCUUCUUCACAGGUGGAGACCUUAAUAAACACCAUAGAACCCACACUGGGGAGAAACUACAUAAAUGCCUGGAAUGUGGAAAGAGCUUCAGCACGAGGGGAGAACUGAUUAUACACCACAGAGCCCACACUGGGGAGAAGCCACACAAAUGCUUGGAGUGUGGGAAGAGCUUCAGCCGGAGGGGAGAUCUUACUGUGCACCAUAGAACCCACACUGGGGAGAAACCACAUAAAUGCUUGGAGUGUGGAAAGAGCUUCAGCCGGAGGGGAGAACUAACUAGACACCACAGAACCCACACAAAUGCUUGGAGUGUGGAAAGAGCUUCAUUCACAGUGGAUGUGGAGGACCCAGCUGUCAAGUGUGGGGAACAGCUCUCCAUUCCAACUGACUCCUUCACCGCGGUCACCAAGUGGGCUUUUGGCACGGCUGAGUCCCCUGCAGGAGCCCUGCCCAAAAUGCAAAAAACCCAAACCAAACCUUAGUGGAGUGGAAAUGCCUAUAGGUGUGGGGUGAAGGCAAUCAAUAAGGUCUUACUAUGUGAACCAUAAGGUUUUUACUAAAAAAAUUUCCAAUUAAAACCUUUCUUUACAGAGAAAUACAACACGUUCAAUACUAUAGGAGUUUCCCAUAGCCUGGGAAACAUUAGGUUCUUCUCAAAUCUGUAUUGGGCACACAGACCCACACCUAAGAUAGAUAGCAGGCCUGUUUAUGGAGUAGGAGAUUCUCUGGGAGAUCUCUCAACUUUUGAACUUUGGGAGUUGGGUGCCUGCACAUUUUUCAAAGGUAUGUUGACAGAGACUUUUGAAACUGUGCGCAAGAGGCUUACUGACUGACCUGCGCUGGCAAGGUCUACGCAACACUGAGGUAUCAGAGAUAAUUGUCAAUAAGGAUCAAUAUGGUUAUUUUGCAUCUUUUCCUUUCUCUCACCCCCCCCCCCAUCAUCUUUGGAGCUGCAAAAACGCUGUCCUUUUGCUACCCAGAGACAGCAAAAAUAAAACACCCCAUGUUGUUCCCUACUCAAGGACUAUAGCUCAGAAGGAACAACAGAGACUGUUUGAAACUGGCAGAAGAGACACUUUUGGCAGUGAUAAAAUAAGGUGUGAAAGGCUGUACCAAAGGGAGAGAGUUGUGAAAUGGCUAAAAAGGAAGAGACAGAGAGCUUUGGGGGCUUUGCACUCACGGUGGAGAGCCUGGCCUUCAUUUACAGCACAGAGUCUCUGACGGGAAGAAUCCAGAGUAGAGGUGGAUCCUGUGCUUGCUUCUGUAUUUCGGGCCUCCGCUUUCAAAUGGGUCCGGGUCUUAGCUUCCAGCCAACUCCUCUAGCUGCUGCAGCCUGCUAAUAAGAUUGCUUCCUUGAGAAAUUCAGCUCCACUCCCUUCUCUCUUCCAAACCUCUCUGUCUCCCCCUCUUCUUCCUUUAAGAUGUCAUGAGCAGUGUUUAUGCAUUUGUGAUGACUAAUCAUUAAGGCAACACACACACACCUCUCGCCAGCUCUCAUUUCUUGGUAAAAGCUUGUUAUUUGUUAGUAAACAUUUAAAAGUG